AUGGCUAGUUUAAUGUUGACGAAGGACAAGGAAGCGUUAGAAUGGCAGAAACUACUCGAAAACUUCUAUUCUCAGCUUGAGUCCAAUCCCCAUCUUGGAAAUGUUUGUCAAAUCCUUGCUCUUAGUUUCGAUGAUCUGCCUUGCCUAUUAAAACCAUGUUUCUUGUAUUUUAGCAUCUUUCCGAAAGACUCUUUGAUUCCUAAUGACAAACUGUUCAAGUUGUGGAUUGCUGAAGGUUAUAUACAAGAAAAGGGUGGGAAGACAUUAGAAGAAGUUGCUGAAGAAUACAUGAAUGAGCUCGUUCGCAGAAACCUGGUUCAAGCAUGUGAAGGGUUUUAUUGUCUAGAGAAAUUUUGCCGAGUCCAUAGCUUGAUGCAUGACAUUGCCCGUAAAAAGGCCGAAGAAUUUAGUUUCUGUCAGAUUCAGGAAGACGUGAACUCCAAUUCUAGAGGAAAAGUUCGUCGACUAUUAAUUUCUGAUAUUGUGGUAGAGAAUGCUCUGGAGAUAUUUGAAGACUCUCAGCUUCGUUCUGUUUUUCUGCGCAACAUUGCGGCACUUAGCAACUCGUCUUUGGUUACCUUGUUUGGAAAAUAUAAGCUUUUGACAUUGUUGGAUUUUGAAAAUACUCCACUUGAACGUCUCCCAAAUGAAGUGGGGAAUUUGAUAUAUCGGAAGUACUUGAGUUUAAAGAAUACACAAGUGAAGAUGCUUCCGAGGUCUGUAGGCAAGCUUUGCAAUCUACAGACGUUGGAUAUUAGAAACACAUUAUUGAUUGAGCUGCCAAUAGAGAUCAAUAAGCUUCAAAAUCUUCGCCACCUUUUAGCUAGUGGUCAUGACAAAAAGGUUAGAUUGGAUUCAACCCGAGGUGUGAGGAUAAAGGAAGGAAUUGGUUUCUUAGAGAACUUGCAGACAUUAAUGACUGUGGAAGCUCAUCAUGUGGCAUAUGAUGGUGACAAACUGCAUUUUGAGGAAGGUGCUUUUAAAAAACUCAAGCUGCUUGUUCUCAGAGAAUUGCAUGGACUAAAGGUACUGGAAAUAGAUGAAGGUGCCUUGCCCCUUCUCGAAGAGUUGAGAAUUGGUCCUAGCCCGCUUCUAAAGGAGGUGCCCUUUGGAAUUCAACACUUGAGAAAUCUCAAAGUUCUUGCAAAUUACAGCAUGCCAAGUGAAUUUGUUCUUAGUAUGCAACCAGAUGGGGGGUCGGAUUAUAGGAAGGUUGAGCAUGUACCAUCUGUCCUUUUCUGGUACAGAGUUCAGGAAAGAAGCUAUAUUUCGUACAAGCUUGGAGAGCCGGCCUUGUUGGAACAUUUGCAAGUGAUGCUGAAGAAGACGUGGCCUCAGUCUCAACCUCAACUGCAAUUGGCCCAUGGAAUGACUGUCGGAUGA